CUGACCCUGGUCAGCGCCCCGCGCCCGGAUCCCCGCCAACACAGCCUGGCUCUGGCAUCCUUCAAGCGCCAGCAGGAGCAGGGCUUCCAGGAGCAAAGCGCCCUGGCGGCCGAGGCCCGCGAGACCCGCCGCCAGGAGCUCCUGGAGAAGAUCGCAGAGGGCCAGGCGGCCAAGAAGCAGAAGCUGGACCGGGGCUCCGGGACCAGCGAGAGCCAGGAGGCCAGGGAGAACCCAGCAGCCGGGGAGGAUGAGGCCGGUGCGAGCCAGGCUUCUGGAGAGCAGGAGGAAGCAGGCUCCUCCUGUCCCCAGCCAGGGCCUUCAGAGGAGGCGGCCCCCCUGCCCAGGUCUGCCCUGCUCGUCCAGCUGGCCACGGCGAGGCCUCGGCCCAUCAAGGCCCGGCCCCUGGACUGGCGCGUGCAGUCCCAGGACUGGCCCCACGCCGGCCGCCCGGCCCAUGAGCUGCGCUACAGCAUCUACCGAGACCUGUGGGAGCGAGGCUUCUUCCUCAGCGCGGCCGGCAAGUUCGGGGGCGACUUCCUGGUCUAUCCUGGUGACCCGCUCCGCUUCCAUGCCCACUACAUCGCCCAGUGCUGGGCUCCUGGGGACCCCAUCCCACUCCAGGACCUGGUGUCUGCCGGCCGCCUGGGAACCAGUGUCAGGAAGACGCUGCUCCUCUGUUCUCCGCAGCCUGAUGGUAAGGUGGUCUACACCUCCCUGCAGUGGGCCAGCCUGCAGUGAACUCCAGAGACUUACAGGGUGUGGCUGUGUCUGGGGCGAGAGCCUAUCUGCCUGGUCCCAAGUUCAUCUCUGUGUGGGAGACGAGAACACCUUCCUACCUCUGCCUACGGCUAGUGUUUGAUUCCAGAUUUAUAAACACUACAUCCUCCUUGUGUCCCUCCAUGUUUCAAAGCACUUACAGGCUGUGUUGUUUUUGUAGUUGUUUUCAAACUGUGAGCUUCUUGAGAGUGAAGACUCGGUUUGAUUCAUCUCUGUUUUCUACAGGGCUCAGGUCCCAGGAGAUCUCAAUAAACUUGUUGAAUAAA